AUGAAGUAUUUCACAGGUCUAACAUAUGUUCAGUUUAUGGCUCUGUUCAGCUUCCUUGGAGACAGUGUGAAUGAUUUGAAAUACUGGUCAAGCAAAACACCCACUAAAAGUACGAUCAAAGAAAAACGCAAGAUACCACCAGUAGAACAAUUAUUCAUCACUUUGGUGAGAUUAAGACGAAGAUUCGGGUUGGAAACGAUGAGCCAUCUUCUCGGUGUAUCUGAAAGUUAUAUUAGUACAAUUUUCUGUACAUGGAUACAGUUCAUGUACAACCAUUUCAAUGAACUGAGACAUCAAAUGUUUCCAUACCGCCAUCAUUUUACCCAUUUCAUGCUGAAAGUUUUCAAAACAUUUAAAAACAUCAGGUGUUCAAUUGACUGUACAGAGUUUUUUGUACAGAUGCCAAGGGACUUCGGCCGCCAGGGAAACAUGUAUUCUAGUUAUAAACACCAUCAUACCUAUAAAUAUUUAAUUGCCACAGCUCCAAAUGGUGCAAUUGUUUAUGUUUCCAAUCCUUUUGAAGGUUCUAUUAGUGACCGAAACAUUGUUGAAAAGAGUGGAUUUCUCAAUUUCCUCAAUCCUGGGGAUUUAAUUCUUGCAGACAGGGGUUUUACCAUUGAGGAUAUGUUAAUGUCAAGACAGGUGUCUCUGAAUAUCCCACCUUUUUUAGGAAAAAGAACACAUCUCACACCGAGGGAAAAUGUAAAAACAAGACGCAUUGCUAGGGCUAGGAUACAUGUAGAGAGAGUAAUUGAGCGUGUUAAGAAGUUUCAGUUAAUAAGCGGUAUUAUUCCGCUAAGUUUAUCACCAAUGCUUAAUCAGCUUGUUUUUGUUUGCUCUUGUCUUGUCAAUUUCCAAAAGCCAAUUGUGACUUAG